ACCACCGCAAGCUUCUAGAUGCUCCAGCGAACAUCGACAUCUUCAGCAGUCCGAACACAGGCAAGUGUCUAGACAGACAGGCAAGGGAGCACAGGGUAUCACAGAGGGGCACACGGGAAACUUUCAAAGACCUCAUGGCCAGCCAAUCUAGUCAGCUCAAGGGCAUCCUGAAAGACUCGGUUGGGCUCUCCAACGAGCCCAAGCAAAGCGCGCGCGAGAUCGCCAUCCACCAUGCCACGCUCCUGGAGCACAGAAAGCAGCUCGAAAGCCAGAUUCUCGACAGCUUAAUCCUCUUGUCCGAAUACCCCCUCAUCAGAGAAGAUCCGCACAACGCAUCGAACCCAGCACCAUCCGAUGUCUCAGAUUUCAAGGCCAACGUCAGGCUCUUUCAACCCUCCGACUACGAUGACCUCAUCGAGGAGCGCAAUGUGAAUGAACUGUGCGGCUACACGUUGUGCGGCAAACCAAGACGCCAGACUGGCUCGGGUGGGGAAUGGAAGCUUACGGGCAGUGGCGAAAUCGUCAAGCGCAAGGAGCUGGAGAAGUGGUGCUCUCAGCAGUGUGCGCGCAGAGCCCUCUUUGUCAAGGUUCAGCUUAACGAGACCGCGGCCUGGGAACGAGCGGGAAUUCCCGACAUCCAGAUUGAUCUUUUGGAUGAAGACAAGUCGAAAGAGACAGAGGCAGAUCGAAUGGCUCGCAAGCUCGGCGAGCUCAAGCUGGAAGACCAACGGCAGGCUGCUCGAGAUUCGGCUGCCCUUGCAAUGGAAAGAGGCGACAACAGAAUCAGCUCUUCCAUAGACAAGGUCAAGGUUACGUUGAAGGAAAAGGACGUCAAGACGCCUUCUGAAAUGACUGCCCCGGCUGCAGCCGAUAACUCAGAGGAUCAUUUACUCGUCGACGGCUAUAAGGCAAAACUACCCGAGAAGCAAACAAAGGAGUCAGGGAUAUAA